AUGGCAGCAGCGCAUCUCCUAGCCUGCGCACUUGGCGCGCUUGCGCUGCACGCAAUAGCACUGCGAGAACACCUUGCCGAAGCGCUGUCAGGGCCAAAAAGAUUCAUCGGGUGCUAUCGUGGCCGCUGCCCACGCAAAUACUUCUGGCCAAUGCGAAGCAGGGCUGGUCGCAAGCACAGGGUCUGGGCCAAAGUCACCGGAACCGUUGAAUGUCGACAUGGCCCAGAACGUCAGUCUGGAAACGUCACAAUGGAAAGGCCUCUGACUUCGCAACGCGACCAAUGCCACUCGGUACCGGAUGACCGGAUGACCGGACAUUCACCCCACAAUAUGCCACAUGAACACCGGCAUAACUACGUAUUUGGCUGGGACGAGACCGCUGCACCGACAUCUGUAACCGAGACCUCGAAGUGUCGAGCGCUCUGUGUUGGCGAUGCAAGUAGACCUUCACAAACGCGGGAAACCCGCGCAAUGCCUGGGAUUGUCAUGGUCAUGAGCUAUAGAAAAGAGCCAAACACACGGCAGUAUACCACCGAGAUGCAUUGGCAGCCUAAUGGUGAGGGGAAGAAAAAUCAGAUUGAAAAGUCCGGGGGGCCAUAA